GCGCCGAGCACCAUGCGCGCACCUCCGGCCUCCGCGCCCGCCCCGCGCCGCGCAGCCCCCCCGCCGCCCACCCCCCUCUGCCUCCUGGCCCUGACCCUGCUCCUUUGGGGCCAGGGGGGGGCGGCGGGGCCCUCCCGCACCGUCUAUACCAACCACUGGGCCGUCCGCGUGCGGGGGGGCCCGGCCGAGGCCGCCCGCCUGGCAGCCGCCUAUGGGUACAUCAGCUUAGGGCAGAUCGGCAGCUUGGAAAACUACUACCACUUCCACCACAGCAAAACGUUCAAGCGCUCGACGCUGAGCAGCCGGGGACCACACACCUUCCUCCGCAUGGACCCCAAGGUGGAGUGGCUGCAGCAGCAGGAGGUGCGGCGGCGGGUGAAGAGACACGUCCGUGGUGAUCCCCCCUCCCUGCCCUUCAACGACCCGGUGUGGCCCAACAUGUGGUACCUGCACUGCGGGGACAGGAACAGCCGCUGCCGCUCGGAGAUGAAUGUGGUCGCUGCCUGGCAGAGGGGCUACACCGGCAGGAACGUGGUGGUCACCAUCCUUGAUGACGGGAUAGAGAGGAACCACCCCGACCUGCUGCAGAACUACGACCCUCUUGCAAGCUACGAUGUUAAUGGGAAUGACCAUGAUCCAACGCCUCGCUACGAUGCCAGCAAUGAGAAUAAGCACGGCACGCGCUGCGCGGGGGAGGUGGCAGCAGCAGCCAACAACUCGUACUGCAUUGUGGGCAUUGCCUACAACGCACGCAUUGGAGGCAUUCGUAUGUUAGAUGGAGAUGUAACAGAUGUUGUUGAAGCGAAGUCGCUUGGCAUCAGACCCGAUUACAUUGACAUUUACAGCGCGAGCUGGGGGCCAGAUGAUGAUGGGAAGACAGUUGAUGGACCCGGCCUAUUGGCCAAGCAGGCUUUUGAGCAUGGCAUUAAAAAGGGCCGCAGGGGCUUGGGGUCCAUUUUUGUCUGGGCAUCAGGAAACGGCGGCCGGGAGGGUGACUACUGCUCCUGUGAUGGCUACACCAACAGCAUCUACACCAUCUCCAUCAGCAGCACUACUGAGAACGGCUACAAACCCUGGUACCUGGAGGAGUGUGCAUCCACCCUGGCCACCACCUACAGCAGCGGGGCCUUCUAUGAGCGGAAAAUUGUCACCACUGACCUCCGGCACCGCUGCACCGAUGGCCACACCGGCACCUCCGUGUCUGCACCCAUGGUGGCCGGCAUCAUCGCCUUGGCUUUGGAAGCAAAUCCCCUGCUCACAUGGAGGGAUGUCCAGCACCUCCUGGUCAGGACGUCACGGCCGGUACACCUACGGGCAGCUGACUGGAAGACCAAUGGAGCAGGGCAUAAAGUUAGCCAUCUAUAUGGCUUUGGCCUGGUUGAUGCAGAAGCUAUAGUAGUGGAAGCCAAGAAAUGGAAGACGGUGCCACCCCAGCACAUCUGCGUGGGAAGCCUGGACAGGGUGCCCAAGUACAUCCGCCCGGACCACGUGCUGCGUGCCAGCACCCUGAGCAGCGCCUGCAGCGAGCAGCGCGAGCAGCACGUGCUGUACCUGGAGCACGUGGUGGUGCGGCUCAGCAUCGCGCACCCACGCCGUGGUGACCUGCAGAUCAGCCUCGUGUCUCCAGCGGGGACCAGGUCACAGCUCCUGGCCAGGAGAGUGUUUGACCAUUCCAAUGAGGGUUUCAAGGGCUGGGAGUUCAUGACGGUGCACUGCUGGGGUGAGAGGGCAGCCGGCGAGUGGACACUGGAGAUCCAGGACACGCCGUCCCAGGUGCGCAGCCCCACCACGCAAGGGAAGCUGAAGGAAUGGAGCAUCCUCUUCUACGGGACAGCUGAGCACCCCUACAACACGCCAGGGGCCCCCCAGCCCCGCACGAGGACACUGGAAGUAUCGGAGAUGGAGCCAUCAAGGGCUGCCUUCCUGCAGAGCCAGGUGGAGAUGGCAGAGGAGGAGGAGGAGGAGUAUGCGGGUCCCUGCCACCCCGAGUGUGGUGACCAGGGCUGCGAUGGCCCCAGCGCCGAUCAGUGCUUGAACUGCAUCCACUACAGCCUGGGCAGUGUGAAAACCGGCAGGAUGUGCGUCAGCUCCUGCCCAGCAGGGUUCUUUGGCGACAAGGCAGCGCGGAGGUGCCGGCGGUGCUACAAGGGCUGUGAGAGCUGUGUUGGUCGGGGCCCAGGGCAGUGCACAGCGUGCAAGAGGAGCCUCUACCACCACCCCGAGAUGGGUGCCUGCCUGCCCCUGUGCCCCCCCAGCUUUUACGCCGAUGAACGUCAGAAACGCUGUCUGAAAUGCCAUCAAAGCUGUAAAAAGUGUCUCGGCGAGCCGGAUAAGUGUACUGCAUGCAAAGAUGGGUUCAGCCUGGUGGGAGAGAGCUGCGUGCCUGAGUGCCAGCCUGCCAUGUACCUCAGCCGUGAGCACCGGCGCUGCGAGACCUGCCCUGCUGGCACAGGACCCGGUGAGGAUGACUGCACACCCUGCACCCCCGACAGCCCUGCCCCUCACUGGCGCUGUGUUCUCGCCUGCAGGGAGGGCUUCUAUCCUGCUGACAGCCACGGGCUGCCCAACAAGGUCUGCAAGAGGUGCGAUGAGCACUGCUCUGCCUGCGAGGGCUCCAGUGGGAACUGCGUGCGGUGUAAGGACGGCUUCAGCCUGCUUGGUGGCUCCUGUGUGACCAACGAGACCUGUACCAAUGCUGACAAGACUUUCUGUGAGAUGGUGAAAUCAAACAAGCUCUGUGAAAAGAAGCUGUUUGUGCAGUUCUGCUGUCAGACGUGUCUUAUGGCCGGGUAAAGUCCAGUAGCAGCAUCCAGGACUUCCACCGACUGCCAGCCCGGUUUUGCCAAACGUUUAGGACAAAAGUUUUAUUUUUUCAGCUUUGGGAGAGUUUACAUGGUGCUGUCGUAAGUUUGAUGGCUUUAAUAUCACUGUCAGCUUGUUUCUAUAGCAAUACGUUAAGCAGAGAGCGGAUCGUAGCCUGAAUGAUGGAGACCUGAAAGGCCCCAGGCAGGCAGUGAUAUUAAUACUCUCAAACACUCCUCGUGAGCAGGGAGCAAGGCACGACCCGUGCACCCAGGUUUGGGUCCGCACAGAAAUCCUGCAGAUGUGUGUGCUUGGAGUGGCCGAGGGGACAUGGGAUGGCACACACACGCGGGUCUGGCCCCGCUUUGUGCUCGGUGACAGCCCCAGAGACCUGCACUGCUGCCAGCCAGCGCCGUGCUCCAUACCCAUGUGAAACGACGAGCGGGCACUGCCUGGAGCGGGCUCUGUGCCGCUCUGCCACCCCGUUCGGAUCCAGCUGCUUCUCCCUGGCUGUGAGUGUGGCAACGACUGGAACUCCGCAGAGCAAAGGCCCCUGUGUGCAGGCAGAGCCGGGUGCCUGCAGGGAGGGUUCGUCCACACGGAGCAGCGUUACGGCAAAAUGCAUUUUCCUCCCCCGACGCGGAGUCGCCGUUUAGUUGGGGAAGGAGCACCGUCCUUCCUCUCCGAGGUGGUUUCCCAGUUCAUCUCUUCCAGCAUUUUGCAUCACCAUCCUACCUUUUGCUGGGAUACCUCCCAGCCACGGCAGUGAUUUUCUUUCCUUUCUGCUUCCAAAAGAGACAUUCCAGGGAUCUGGCCAGGAAACACUCAGUUCCACUAACCCUCCCCCAAACAACCUUCUCCAUGCUCUCUCUUCCUAGUACGUCACGUGGUGUUUAUACAAUUGUGUUUAAAAUAUCCUUGGCUAUGUUGUUUUACAGAUUUUUUAAAAAAUAACUUAUACAGUCCUUGUUUUUCUCUGUAGACUAUUUUUUUUUAAUAUGGGGAGUGGGGAAUCUUUGGUGUCCUUCAUCCUUCUCCUCUCCGACCUCACAGAGAUGCUCUUUUUAACCAGACAUCCACAGUAUUUCCCUAUGCUGCUUGUUCUGGUUUUCAUUGCUGAUAGAUUGAAUGAGUUAAACCUUCUGCCAGUGAAACUCACAGUGUGAAUCAACGCUGGUUCCUGUUGGAGCUGGGCUGAUCCCUGCUUGUUCUCCAUUGCCACGCUGCACCCUGCCCAGGCUUGCCUCUGUGGGGCGAAGAGGGGAAAGCCUGGCCUGAGAGCCUUGGGUGAACUGACCUUUAAGUUAAUAAACUGUUGAUCUCCCCUGA